GAAUGCUUUAUCAAGGGGACAAGCUGUGAAUAGUUAAUUCUUUACCACAAUAGGGGUGGGGGUGCAAACUGCCUCCUUUAAAAGGAAGGUUACCUGAGCAGGGAGGGUUACUGAGAAGAGAGCCUGCAAGAAGAAAGAUCAGAGGAUUAUUAAAGCAAGGAAACAUGAAGAUUCUUAUGACAGUUUUGAUUUUUCUCAUCCUGAGCUCCCAGUUAGUCCAUUCAUUGGAAUGCUAUCAAUGUGACUAUGGAACCUGUCUAGUGCCUUCUACGAAGACCUGCGGGUUUCUAGAGUCCUGUGUGACAUAUACGUCCACAGCCGUUGGGAUACCCAUGAAGAAGAAAGGUUGUGUGAAUCCUUUACAGUGUUUUGCAGAAGCCUCGUUUACAUAUCUUGGUGCAACUGUGACAUCUACUCCUUCCUGCUGUAUCACCAACCUCUGUAACUCUGCCGUCACCCCCAGACUGUCUGCUGUCACUGGAAUAGCAGUCCUGGUUUCCUUGUGGUUGGCUAAACUAUUCUGAGUUUGAGAAGAUGUC